AUGAUGAACAGGAAAAAUGUUGCUCCUGAGUUGGCGCUCGCGGCCACUGUGUCGGGGAGUAUCACAAUUAUUGUAUCGCUUGUAAAUAUAGUGCUUUGUGUGUUGGCGAUAAUCUACCGCUUCACCUGCGAUGCUGGCCAGCUUGAUGGAACCAACGGCGCACUAUACUUCAUGCACACGCUUUACAGAGUGUAUAUACAAGAUGACACGUGUUCAAAUUCACAGUUCGAGGAAGAUUUGACUAGAUCCCAAACAGUCUUUAUACUGACUGCCAUCACGUUGGCAUUUGCAGUUCUGAGCUUUAUAGUGGCAUCUGCUUUGAUUUCAGCUGUGAUUAACUCGGAGAGUUCUCAAUAUCUAUCUGUGACAGCAUAUGUAUACAUCGGAGUAUGUGUAUCUAUUUUAAUUGUCGACCUGACAUUCGCAACGCACUUUGGUAUUGAUUUUACAACAUUGUCCAAUAAACUUAACGAAGCAUCUGCUGGCCUCGCUCAAAAUUAUGAAAAAGAUGUGUUACGUCUUGGUGCGUUUGUCCUAGUGUCCAUAAUUCUAAAAGGGUAUAUAUACCACAUAGUGAACACUAUUUUGCUUGUAUAUGUGGUAAUAUACUCGAUCGAACGACACAGAAACGCCCACAGAAAUGCACACAACAUUCAUAAAUUGGGUGCUUUGAACGCUUACGACUAUCCAAGAUCACACGAAGACUCGUGGCCGACCAGAACAGACGCUUUCGGGGAUGUGCCCAGUGGACACCCUCAAUGGAAUAACCGCUGCUACACGGGAGACGAAAUCCCGCGCGCCCAAGCCAACCCAGCGAUCACGGACGUGUCGAGCCGCGCCUUUGAGCGUUCAGAGUCGUGGCUACGGAGUCAACCCAGCCCCCACGGGCUAGGUGGACGACCGUUCUCCUACUUAGAAGAACCGAAACGGUCCCAGAAACCUACGGCAUCAGAGCAGAAUUGGCCGAGGGACUGGCCCUCAGCACCACCGGUACCGGCCCCAGAUUACAGCCCGCCAGCUAGAAGACUCAAAUCUGCUUUGAAACAAGGAUAUCCGUAG